ACGCGCCGUCUCGCGAACUCUGCCGUGGCCAGCAGACGCUGCUCGAGCGGAUUCCGUGGCGGUCCAUGGGGUGCGAUGGCGCCUUUCCCCGACGAGGUGGACGUUUUCACUGGCCCGCACUGGCGGAUGAAACAGCUGGUCGGCCUGUACUGCGACAAGCUGUCAAAGACGAACUUCUCCAACAACAAUGAUUUCCGUGCAUUUCUCCAGACGCUCUGCGCCACCUUCAAGGUGUUCAAGAUCCAUGAGCAGAUUGAGAACGAGUACAUCAUCGACCAGCUGCAGCAGCGGAGCCGCACGAUUUACAAUGUGCACUCCGACAACAAACUAUCCGAGAUGCUCUCACUCUUUGAAAAAGGGCUCAGGAAUGUCAAGAGUGAGUGCGAGCAGCUGAACUACGCGCGGCAGCUGAAGGAGCGGCUGGAGGCUUUCACACAGGACUUCCUCCCUCACAUGAAGGAGGAGGAGGAGGUGUUUCAGCCCAUGCUGAUGGAGUACUUCACAUAUGACGAACUGAAGGCAAUUAAGAGGCAGGUGAUCGCCCAGCACUGCAGUCAGCAGCAGUGGGACACGGCCGCCGAGGUGGUGAAGGGGUUAAACGCGUGGAGCCAGGCCGAGGAGCUGCACAAGGCCUUCAAAUACUCGGACCACGAGAAGACUGAGGCUGCAGAGUUUGAGGGCGGUGCACACACGCACGUCUCUGUGCUGCCAGGGGAGGUCUUGGUGCGCCUGUUCCGGUACCUUGGCCCGGACGACCUGUGUCGCUGUAGUCAGGUGUGCAGUACCUGGGCAGAGCUGGUCAAAACGGGCUCACUUUGGAGGCACCUGUACCCAGUCCGCUGGGCCAGAGGUGAUUAUUACUGUGGUCCCCCGUCGGAGCUGGACCAGGAUCCAGAUGAAGAGUGGGUGCAGAACCUACAGGAGGAAGGGCGAGCCUAUCAGGAAUGGGACGAGGACGCAGACAUUGACGAAUCAGAGGAAGCACAUGAGGACGCACUGGCCAUGAAUGCUGUGCAACAAGAGAAGAGACUCCUGAAUGGAUUGAUCCAGAACCUUCUCCCUGCCGUGGGGUCGUCCGUGCGCACGGUCAGCCUGGCCUACAGUGUCACUGUCUCCAGCAAAAUGGUGCGUCAGAUCCUCAGUCUGUGCCCAAAUCUUAAACACCUAGAUCUGACGCAGACCGAUAUCACAGAUUCAGCUUUUGAGAGCUGGGAAGAGCUGGGGGCAUGUAGCUCGCUUGAGCAUUUGGACUUGUCAGGCUGUGAGAACAUCACUGACCACACUCUGAAGAGGUUGUCCCUGGCCAUAGGUGACAUGACCAUACCCACCUGUUCCAAGAACAUCCCCGACCGCAGAGCCAAGCUUCUGAAGGCCUCACCCUCUCCAGUCAAGCUUCUCGAUGAGCACUCCACCUGUUCAAUGGGACGAACCCGCCAAGCUUUCAUUUUUAAGCGGAGGCCAGGUGGGCGGGGCAUGGGCUGCAGUCCCGUUUGGGUUCUGGACCCAGCUGAGCUGGCUGACAUCGAGGAUGCAGCGGAUUGGAGCAGACGAGGCGGUGUGUCUGCACAGGAUGAGGAAAAAGGGUCUAUUUUGGAGCUGCAGGCAGGAGGCGGGCCUUGCUGCUGCAGAAGGCGCAAGAGGCGGAGCUAUAUUACCGACACUGCUUCCUCCUAUUGGCAGCAGCUGUAUGGUGCUUUGGGAGAAGUGCAGUGUGGCCACUCCACAUGCUGCAGUUCAGACACUGCGGUCAGGACAGUGAAAGGAGCGCAGUGUGGCUCCCAGCCCACAGGGGACAGUGCUGAGUUUCGGACUACAUGCCCUUCUGAGGGCGACUACAGGACUGACCAAACAGGGGCCUCUCGAGCUCUAAGGUUCCUCAGCCUGUCAGGAUGUUAUCAGGUCACAGACCUUGGCCUGAGGUGUUUGUCUCAGGGAGGAGGGCUCCCCCUACUGGAGCAUUUGAACCUCUCAGGCUGCCUGUUUAUCACAGAGAUUGGACUGCAGGAGCUGGUGUCUGUCUGCCCCACCCUCAACUAUGAACACUUCUACUACUGCGAUAACAUCAACGGUCCCCAUGCUGAUAUGGCUAGUGGAUGUCAGAAUCUGCAGUGUGGCUUCAGGGCCUGCUGUCGCUCCGGAGACUGAUCAUCCUUCCCUAAUGCAUCUCCUGUUUUGGCUUUGCUCUUCAUUUGCGCGUUGCACUACCACAGCUCGUCUUUUUUCUUAUUUCAUGUAUCUUUCUGGUUUUAUUUUUUAUUUUUUUUAUGUUUAUCUCAAGCUUACACUGCCCUCCUACUCCUCUGUCACCUCUCUGUCUUCCUCUAUCACACGUUUUGCUUGUUUUCUUUGCUUCUCCCCCCCUCUCGCUCAGUGGGCCCCCUUAACCAUCGUCUUUGCCCCUCCCCUGAUGGCCUCUCUGUCUUCUGUCCUUUUUCAUUUGCACUUUUAAAUCUAGAAGUGCUCCCUGCUGUCACUUAUGGGCUUGUUUCCCCUCAAAUGAGAGAGAGACGGGGGGGGACGACCCAGAAUUCCUUGAAUCAACAUCCUCUUUCGAGCGACUGGGCAGUUUAAAUAUGUACAUUUGUAGAAGAAUGAUGUGUUAAUUGAAGUUAUUUGCUGCUUUGAGUUUGAGCUUUGGAAAAGGUUCCUUUAGGAAAGGGUUCUUUGCUGUCCUAAUUUUGAGUGCUUUGAAGAACCGCUACUUUAAGCACAGAAUACUUUUUUGUUUUUCGUGGCAGUAAUGGUAAUCUCACAAAGCUGUACACCCACCUAUAGGACUUAGUGGCCGACAGGCCCUGCUUCUGCCUCUAGUAAGCACGUGCAAGUCGCUACCCUGCAAUUACUGUACAGUUACUUUGGCUUUACUGCUUCUGUUAACAUGUCUGACUUCUGUUCUCGUGCAGCGCUGCACACUUGGCACCAGGAACAGCCACUGGAGGGCAGUGUGUUCUGUAUACAGGUUAAGGCUUGUUUAGGAUUAAACUGCAUUGUCUGUCUUGAAAUAAAUAUAUGAUAAACAUUC